UAAGAAAUAUAAAAAAUAAAAAUAUGGAACGUAAGAAAGAGACAGCAUCCGAUUUGAAAAGAUCUAAAGCAAGAUCAUUCAAGACGAAAAUAGGACAGCCUGCUGAAUGCAAUAACAUAGUUUCAAUCGAAACUGUCAACACUAUCGGAGAUGUUACAAAAUAUGUGAAAAUGAUCAAGGACGAUGCGCCGAGUAGUGACGAGUUUGAUAAAGAUCUGGAGGAAGAAUAUCGAAACUUGAACGAUAUGCUCGAUUUACCGAAUGACACUUACUCUUUUAGUAAAAUUACAACAAUGUUACCCUUGUGCGACAAAUAUGAAGUUUAUUCCGGUUCAAUUCACUCACACAUGCCGUAUUUUUCACCAUUAUCCAGAGGUUAUCAGGGUGGCGCUAUAGCGAUUGCAGCUUUUGCCACGACUGCGAUUCACAAAUCUCGCUGCUGGAACGAGACGGUGAUCGAUCAAAUCGUCGAGGACGGCGACACUUUUUACUGCGAGUCCUACAAAGACGUGAACACCGACGAUCGUCGGACAAUGACCGUCCUUGACUUGAAAAGGACUCUUUUCCUACAAAAAAAGUUUAAUGUAAAAGUCUGGAUCGAGGAUCCGGCAUACGCCGGGAAAUUCCGUUCUUGUAAUCCGACAGAGCUUCAUCUGGCGAAAGCGUUGGAGCUAUUUUUUGAGCGACACAACGCCGGAAUCUUGACCUCGCCGGUACUCAAUAUAGCGAUCUGGAAAGACUCGAAAUAUUACAAUAUAUUUGAUGGUCAGGCACGACGAAAAAGUGGCGAGCCCGCAGCGGACAGGGUUAGCGGAUCGGCUAAAUUGUUUCUCAUGAAAGACUUGAUGGGGUUACUGUACAUCAUUCUCGAAAAGAGUAACGUGCAAAAUGAAUCCUUUGUGAUUUACCCCAUAUACAUCAGCAACGUCGAGACAGUUUCUUCGGAAGAUGCCGCGGAGGUCGUAAAGCCACUCGGGAAGGCACGAAGGAGACCAAGCGGAUAUAAAAUUUGUCAGGAAUCUCGAGCUGUGAUACAGGGAUCUUAUCAUCUAAAGCAUCCCGCCAUUCCGGAAGCGUUGCGAGGUAAGGGACACCUUAUUGUAGCCGUGGCGGCCUUGAUAUAUUCCCGGCUAAUCAGUGCCAACGAGUGGACAUCCGCUUUGCUUGACCUGAUCUUCAAUCAGUCCAAUAUCUACUUGAUCGAUCUAGUCAGAGUUCUGGAAAAGAAGCUUGACGACGAAUUCGAACUUCACUUGAAUGAUUUGUUGAGCGAUAUUAUCCUUGGAGUGUAUUCCGCCAAAGUAAAGAUAGAUGCAAAUGUAAUACCAAGUCAAGCGCAGAAAGAUAAGAUUACUAUUGGCAAUGGCAUAAAAGAGUUCUUUGAGAAGCAAGAAAUUGGAAUACUUGAGAUCAAGAAGAUCUUUUAUGCAAUCUGGAAGGAUGGUAAAGCGUACUACUUCCUCGAUCCGUUCGCUUGUGACAACGAGGGUUUUAGAAUCGAUUACAGUGACAGGAAACGUACAACAGGUGAUACUAUUAGAGAUGCUGCUUGUGUGACCAUGAAUAGCAGCGUAAAUGAGGUGGUAGAGACGGUGCUGGAGAAUACCGGCAACGAGGAGACGGAUCCUUUCCUAAUACACGGAGUCAAGGUGCUCUAUGUCAAGACGGGAGUGACGCCAGAUAGUCCGCUCGAAAAAGUGAUUUAUCGAGAGAGUGGUACAAACCGUAGACCACAAGCUCCAUCGCCACCGGCACCGAUAGAUGCGAGAGUAAAAACUGAUCUGAUAGAUGUGAUUCCACGCUUACAAUUAGAUUUGCGUAAAUUUAUAGAAGUAUCUAUUCAAUAUCCAGAGAUUAUGCAAAACAUAGAACAAUACAUGAUGAGGGCUGACGAAUCAGUAACCAUUCUAACACCCCUAGAAAAAGAUAAGAAAACAAAAAAAAUAGAAGAAAUAAAUGUAGAUGAAGAAGAUGAAGAUGUUGAAAAUGAAGAUGUUGAAGAUGAAGAUGCAGAAGAUGAAGAUGCAGAAGAUGAAGAUGCAGAAGAUGAAGAUGCAAAAGAUGAAGAUGCAGAAGAUAAAGAUGCAGAAGAUGAAGAUGCAGAAGAUGAAGAUGUUGAAAAUGAAGAUGUGAAAGAUGAAUAUGUUGAAAAUGAAGAUGUCGAAAUUGAAGAUGUGGAAGAUGAAUAUGUUGAAGAUGAAGAUGUUGAAGAUGAAGAUGCAGAAGAUGAAGAUGCAGAAGAUGAAGAUGCAGAAGAUGAAGAUGCAGAAGAUAAAGAUGCAGAAGAUAAAGAUGCAGAAGAUGAAGAUGUUGAAAAUGAAGAUGUGAAAGAUGAAUAUGUUGAAAAUGAAGAUGUCGAAAUUGAAGAUGUGGAAGAUGAAUAUGUUGAAGAUGAAGAUGUUGAAGAUGAAGAUGUUGAAGAUGAAGAUGUUGAAGAUGAAGAUGUUGAAGAUGAAGAUGUUGAAGAUGAAGAUGUUGAAGAUGAAGAUGUUGAAGAAGAGGAUAUGGGAUAUAAAAUUAUAAACAACCAUCGUAUUUUCGUUCGCGGCAGCAAGACUUGUAUGAGCCCCGAUUAUCGUCUGCAAUCACAAGGUAGACAAGGAUUAAUAAUUGGGUUGACUACAUUGACAUAUAGAAAAUUAAAGGAUCCAACUAAUUGGCUAAGCACAGACGUGGAUCAAAUUCUUAAUAUCGGCAACAAGAGUUACGAACAAAUUAUAACAUGGAUCAAACAAGGCCGACCGGAAAUAAAAGACGAAGAAGAAGAGGAGGAAGGAGAAGAAGAAGAAGAAGAGGAAAAAGAAAUUGUUCGUGAAGUAGCACGCGCUCCAAGUCACUUAGAUAUUUCUCUUUUACCUCCCAGACUGAAAUUAGCCGAAAACGACGUUUUUUUCAAGACAAAGAAGAACGUCGUUGAAGGUGACGCAAAUCCUUUGGCUAAUCUCGCGGAGGCCCUCGAACGUUACUUCGAACAUUAUCCCGAAAUGAUAUUGGAAAACAACAAAUUAAUGUACGCCAUUUGGAGAGAAAAUGGAAAUUUUUUUCUGUUUAAUCCUUAUGGUAGCGAUACAGAAGGAUGGCGUCUUUGGAACUACACAGCUUGCUUCAUUGUAAUGGACAGUCUCAACGAAUUGGUCAAUCUUCUAUAUGGCAUUUUAGAAUACAACGAUCCACGUUUCUCACUUCAUUUCGUAGCUCUAGACGCAAUAAAGGGAAAGUACAAGUCACCCAUAGAAAUCGUAAUCCCGGAUGACCAAAUAACAAAAAAAUUCCAAACAAAAUUUCUACCAAUUACUGAUGAAGAUUUACUAAAACUCGAAGAGAAGAAGCCGGAUGUCGCCGAUAUGGAAGUGACGAAGGAGUUUGCUGGAGAUAAAGAAGAAGUCUUAAAGGAGGAAGAAGAAGAAGAGGAAGAGGAAGAAUUGGAAGAAUAUAAAGAUCCCGUGUUGCCGGUCGAGGAAUCUUUGCAGCCCGAUGCACCUUACCGCUUAAACUUGGCUCUCUUGACUUCCACAGUAAAGAUCCAAGAUCCGACUGAAGAAGAGCUGAAUGGUUUGAAUGAGGAGAUAAUAAUGGAAAAGAUGAAGUAUGAUCAUCCGCCGCCGUACGUGGUGCCUCCAAGGAAAACGUUUCGUAUUUUGCUAGAAGCAAAAUUGGCGAAUAGAUCAAUCCCGUCUCUUGUAUCAAGAUUCUCGAUAGACUCCAGACUAGAAAUAAAAAAAAGCGAUGUCCCGGUGGAAUCUACUUCAAUCGCGAUCGUGCCGUUGCUUCGAGACAUAAAACCAUCAAAGAUCAUCAAGCUAUCUUUGAGGAAGUACUUGUACUCGAGAUUACCACCGAUCCGCAUGGUGCCUUUAAGAGCUAUCGACGAGAGUUACAUUCAAGAUAAAGAAGUCGAUAAAACGAUUGACAAGAAAUAUCUUGAACGGGAGAAACUGGACAAAAAGGAAGAAUACAACAUGUUAGAAAAAUUACCGAUAGCAUCUUAUGCUGCAAAACCAGAAGUAAUACCAGUUGGACCGGUAAUUAAGACUCCCUUUUUAAUAAAACGUCUGACAUAUCCUGAUGAACGGAAACGAAAGGGCGUAUCAACGACGGAAAAAGCAGCCAUCACUGUCAAAAAGGAUCUUUGCGAUGAGCCUUUAAACGAAAAAGAUGAUAAGAUUGAAAAAACGCAAAAAACUAUAAUUAGUGCCAAGAAUAACAAAAAAGAAGUUGUUUCGUCACCGAAAGUUGUUGGUUUCCAAGUAAUUUUAAAAUAUAAUAUUAGAUACUCUAGAAUCGCUUAUCACAUCCGAUUGUACAAACAAAACAUCUUAAAUACACAAUUUAAAUAUUAUUUUAAGGUAGUGGAUGAAGAUUUAGAAAUAAUACGAGGCAAUCUAAGGCUGCUAGAUCGCGCAAGAAUCGAAACUUCUUAUUUCAAGCCCUGCUACAUCGCGGCUAUAGUUUGCAUUCUAAUCAAAAUCAAGAAAGAUGCAGAUCGUUUUAGCGAUAGAAUUCUGGAUCAAGUAAUUCUUUUUACCGAAUCUCUUAAUGAAUUUAUUGGUAGAUUGCAAUACGAUGGAUAUAGGACAUUUGAUAACCUGGAGAUCUUUGACACAAAUUUCAAUAUUAUUCUGAAAGAAGUUAUUUCCGCCGAUCCCGAGAGAUCUCCAUCCGACGAGCUUGAUAUAGUCGUUAGUAAAUUUCUAGAAAAAAAUCAGACUGGUAUAUUGGUGUUGUUAAAUUGCGCCUACGCAAUUUGGAUGGCGGAUGAUAGAUAUUAUCUUUUCGAUCCUUAUCCUUGCGACGAGAGGGGGAACGCCAACGAGGAAGGUUACUGUUGUCUUAUGAGAUUCCGCGAUUUGAGAUCCAUGCUCGAUAGAAUUAAAGAGAACGCCGGCGAAACUGCGAAAAAAUCUUUCCGUCUCUACACCAUAGUGAUCGCUUAUAUGGAAGUAGACCCAAGCUUAUAUGGAAGUAGAUCUAAACGGAAACGAAAGAAAGGUGUCAAGCGUCGCAUAAGGUUAAAAGACCCAUCAGAAGAGUCGAUUCUUAGCGAAACGGAACGGGACAUGAGUCGGCCGGCAGUCGAGGCGGAAAUAUCUCUGAUCGAAUUAGCCGAGUGGGUUACUUCGCAUGCAGAAUUGGAUCUGUAUCGUGACGGCGCGGCAACCGGUUUCACACCGAUGCGGAACUACGAGGCUUCGAUGCUCGAGGUAAGCGUUUUGGAGGACGACAUCACGACGCCUACGUUGGAGCCUACAUCGACGAGCCUUCAGGGUCGCGAGGAAAUGGCGGAGGUGAAAACAGUAUCGUUCGGCAGGAUAUUUCGUAACCAUUCGUCCGUAGCGAUCCCCAUCGAUCUUUGCAUCAUGGCAUGGUCGUUGAUAUACGAUCCUGCGUCUUGGUCGGAACGCACUGUCAAUGGUUUGAUCGAAGCUGCCUUCGAUUGCGCCUUCGACAACGUCCUGGCAAGCGAGGACACUUCCGUGAGUGACAUGAUCGAUGCGGUGCUGCCGGAAUUCGAGGUAGCGGAUUAUGCAUUCCGGGUGGAAUUCGCGCCACUGCACCACGGCAUCCUGUACGCCACGGAGGGAUGGAAUCUCGCGAUGACCCUGGAGAAGAUAUUAGAGAUGACGACCUACACCGGCGCGAUCAUCGUCUGCGAUGACGCUCACGUGGGCGUCAUAAAACACGGCAAGAAUUAUUUUGCCUGGUGGACGGUCGCGGGGACGAAAAGCCUGAGAAUGAUCGCGUCUAGCAACUUAGGCGAUUUUCUUAAACUGAUCGUUAAGGUGAUCGAUGUGCCAGAGGAGAUUGAAUUCACGGUGAGAGUGGUUACCAUAUCCUAUGCUCGAAAAAUGGAUCCAGAUUACAGUGAUAUCAAGGGCCUUCACGAGCCGAGAAUGACGACGGUGUCGCUGCCAGAGAUUCACCGGAAAGAGAUUUCGAAGUCUUCCGAGGCGAUCUUCAAGACGACCGCAAAGAAACCGAUUUUUAUACUCGGAACAGUAGCUCUUCGUGAUCGCGACAGUCUGCAGGAGCCGCGGACAAAGCGUUGCUAUUUUGUCGCGUUACUGGCGGUCGUGAUAAAGAGGGACAUCGUUCAGUCACCACUUCCCGCCAUGAUCGACAGAGUCCUCGAAGUGGCGGAAAAUUUGUACAGAGGGUUCCCCGAAUCGAAAUUUCACGCAGAGCAUAUCUUGCGAAAUGUCCCGCUGAUGAACAGACUAUUUAAUCUUCGUGAUUGCGCGCUACCUUUGGUCGUGUUGACGACGAAUUCUCACACCGGUAGAAAAGAUUUUUACGUGCAGGUAAAACAUCAUCUGAAACGCUACUUUAAAAUGCAUACAAGCGGCAUACUGCAUUUUACCAAUUGCUGCUACGGCUUUUGGUACUCGAGAGCGACAAAGUGCUACUACUAUUUAGAUCCUUAUCGGUGUGACUGGAGAGGCAGAAAGACUUCCGUUACCGGCAAGGCCUGCCUGUGCAUCUUCUCUUCCGUGCGUCAAAUGGUGAAGCACAUGUGUCUUAAUCAGUACGAAACCACAACCGGAUUCUUUAUCCACAGAAUACACGUCACUUCCAUCGACGCGUCACCGUUCGAGAAGUUCCAGGAAGAUCCGAUGUGGGUCUAUCUGGACUAUCACUGGAACUUUGCGCAUUCGAUUAUGAAAUCGCGUAAGAAAGCGAAAGGCGGCGACCGAUCGGAUCCGUUAAAGAUCGAUCGUCGUUUUUGGAAGAACUACGCGAUUGAGGUGAUCGGUUUGAUUUAUUCCGUUUGGGGCACAAUCGGCGCGUACGAUCAUCGGUUUGGCGAACGAGCUGGAAAAAACCGCACCGCUAUUUGCGUAGCUGUCCUGGCCAUGCAGAAUCUUUGUCAUCCUUCGCGGUGGAAUCCGGCCGUCCUGGACUCGGCCGUGAUCUGCGGGGACUCCUACUAUACGGAGAGCUUGAAGAGUUUAAUGCGGAAAUGUUCAAAGUGCGAGAACAGGUUCGGCUUGCGGACCUCCUUCAGGAUAUUCCCACACUCGUGGACUAUAGACUUUGGCACGAGCGUGUACGGAAUUCUGUACGGCAAUCAAAACGAAUCAACGUUGACCGACGCGUUAAUAUCGGCCUUUGAGGAAGCCCAUAACGUCGUCAUUGAGUGUAAUGGGAUCACCUUGGCGGCAUUGGCAACCAAGGACGCUUAUUAUGUCGCUGAUCCCUGCUGGAUCGGACCGCCGUUGUUCGCGAGAAAUCGCGGUGCGAUUUAUGUUCUGCGUUGCAAAAAUAUAAAUGUUUUAGUAUACGCCAUUACAAAAAUAUUUAACACCAAUCAGAGAAUUGGCGUAUACAUUACGCCAUUGUAUCUCGCGUUUGAUCGUGAAGACUUUGACGCAGAUCUCCGUAUCACGGAAAGAAAGAUUCUUCCAAGAUCCUUGCAGAAGAUUCCGGGAAAGAUUGAAGAUCCCGGUAUACCUAUUCGCGGAGCGUUCACGGUACCCGACGAGGAUUCUUAUUUGCAAUACCAACAGCAUCUUGCUGAGAGCGUUAGCAGAGAUUUCCAAUUGGAGAGUUUACAACUUCAAUGUACGGAACCUACAUUAAAUCCCGAAAAGGCGAACAAUGCGCUCGUGAGCACCAAAUGGCGUCUGAAUCUCGGUAAAGCGCGUUCGCGGAAAAGACCACUCUCGGAUCGUGAUAGAACAAAAGAUGAUCUAUUGGAAUACGCCGAUUCUGUGACCGAUCUAUGCCAGAGGCAAAUUUCUACGAUGGAUUUAAUUUCAGUAAGCGAUCGUUAUUCAAGAUCAGUAGAUUUCAUCAGUGACGAUACUCCAGAUCAUCGAAUGUAGCGAUUUCGACAAGCGCGGAAUAUUCUCGAAAGAACAACAAUAGUUUACUUCAUUGUUUACCCUAGAAAUAAAAGAAGCUCGAAUUAUUGCUGAAAAAGACGUUCAGUUUAGAGCAUUCUGACAAAUCAAGCGAUGUAGUACAAGAAUAAUCCAAAACAAAAUGGAAAUUUUGUGAAUAAAUAAAGAAAAAUUAUUAAAGACGA